CAACACUGUUGAUUUCGUGUUUGUCGAAGUGAUUGACAUAUCAACAUUUUUCACUUUACUAUUUUGAAAAAGUUAUUUAGAAUGUACCAAGACAUAUUUUAUUAUGGAAAGUCAACAAACCGAAUAUGACAACAACGGUUUGUUGCCUGACACCUUCUGGAGGACACCACAGCGCGCGUACCCUGGACGGCCUCGUCAGACAGUUGGCGCACCUGAGGUUAUGUCUGGGUCGUCGUAUCAGCAGUUCCAGGCGUCCGUGAACGAUGCCUGGGACCUGGGAGACGACGAUAUAGUCUCCGGCAUCGCCGAGGCGAAAAUUUCGAAAGCCAUAUCACAGACAGCGGCAUUAAACGUGAUUAAUUCUCAUAGGAAUAGUAGUAAGAAAAUUGAUGUGAACGAAGACAAAGCAAAGGAGGAAAAUGUUGGUGAUAAAAAGAAGGAUUCGAAGAAAGCGGGUACUGGUUCUGGUGGUAGUUCUGGAUCGAUGCGGCACUAUCCUGGGCGGCCUAGGCCAGUAAGGACGUCAGCUUUGGCGCCGCGUGAAGAAAGCAGUGAGUCGAAGUUGGAGAGAUUCCAACAGGUGCACGACAGCGCGGUCGUUGACCUCCACGAGCUUAAGCAGCUCAGCUGGUCUGGAAUCCCUGUUAAGGCCCGUGCCAUAACCUGGCGUCUCCUGGCGGGCUACCUCCCCGCCAACACGGAGCGCCGAGCGGAGACCCUGGAGCGGAAGAGAGCUGACUACAAGAACUUCGUGACACAGUACUAUGAUGCAGAAAGAGAUGAUGACACGUACAGACAGAUACACAUUGAUAUACCAAGGAUGAGCCCGCUUGUGGCCUUAUUUCAGCAGACCACUGUACAGGUGAUGUUCGAACGCAUCCUAUACAUCUGGGCCAUCCGGCACCCGGCCUCGGGGUACGUCCAAGGCAUCAACGACCUCGUGACACCAUUCUUCAUGGUGUUCCUGCAAGAGGCUGCUCCCGGCGAGGAGCUGGACAACUUUCCCCUGGACAAACUGACAGAACAACAGAGGGAUAUCAUAGAGGCCGACUCGUUCUGGUGUCUGUCCAAGUUCCUGGAUAGUAUACAGGAUAAUUAUAUCUUUGCACAGCUCGGGAUACAGUAUAAGGUGAAUCAACUCAAAGAAUUGAUCCGACGCAUCGACCUACCCCUACACGAGCACUUACAGGCUCACGGUGUUGACUACCUUCAAUUCUCAUUUAGGUGGAUGAACAACCUGCUAACUAGAGAGAUACCCCUCUCCUGUACUAUCCGCUUAUGGGACACUUACCUCGCAGAAUCGGACGGGUUCGCGACAUUCCAGCUAUACGUAUGCGCGGCAUUCCUACUCCAUUGGAGGGAAAGGUUGAUGCUUGAAAAAGACUUUCAAGGUCUUAUGAUUUUGCUGCAAAAUGUGCCCACUAGAAAUUGGACGGAUUCUAAUAUAAGCCUGCUGGUUGCGGAAGCGUAUAGGCUGAAGUUUGCGUUCGCCGAUGCGCCAAAUCAUCUGAAUAAUACGGCGAAGAGUGAUAGGUGAUGGUUGAGAUAAGACUUUUUGAUAUUAAUCUGUAUUUUUUGUUCUUUUUUUAAAAAUAUAUAUUAUUUUUUGUUUGCGGGUCUGUGUGCAUACUUUUAUUGGGAUAAAAAUAAUAAUGCUAUAUUAUAUUCAUACGAGACUUAAGAUAGGUUUUUUUUUUAUUUUCAUUAGAUUGAAUGUUGGGAAAAGUUUGUAUUUAGUGUAAUUAUUUUUAUGCCAAAUAAACUUAUUUAAUCUUUAUACAUAUCGACCACAGACCAACAUAUUUUUUGUUGACACAGAUUAUAAAUAGAAAAAAAAAUAGUUUAUGAUUUUGUCGUAGGCGUCUAUUUUUAAAGUAUCACAAAAAUGUAUGGAAAUGUUAGUGGGUACCAAACUAUUGUAUUUGGCAGGGUAUGAAUGUGCUAAGGGCUAUCGUACGCUCGAUACGAACCACUAAAUAGGCUACCUUUACACUAUCUAGCUACCCUAAAUGUGUGUACUGUUGUGAUUUUUAUAUAACUUGUUUUAUUGGUUUAAAUAUAAAAAGAAGCGAACAUAAAAUACGAUGGCCUAAAUUUCUCAAAAAAAAAAGAGCAGGACGAAAAAUUACAUUAAAAAUGGAAUUUGACAUCUGUCAAAACGGGCUUAUUUCGCAACGACUUUUAUCUUAUAUGAGUUUUAAUCAUCUUGUAAUAUAUUAAGUGAUUGUAAUUAUAUUCAUGUUCGGAGCAACAUGCAUAUAUCAUAUGUGCAUGCAUAUAUGCAUCGUUGACAGGGGUAUCUUUUCCCUCCCUCUAACUCUUAAUCAAAGGGUCAGAAAGAGAGGGCAGAUAAGACUUAUGGUCAACGUCAGAACAGAGAUCCCCACAUCUGUAACUAAGCAUACGAUGGGCAUAGACGUAGAAAAAAAGGCAGACGUUGUGCGACUUGAAAAUAUACCUACUAUUGGUGAUUCAUUUUGUUGUAUAGUAAAAGUCCGUCCGCCUUUUUUCUACAUCUAUAACCUACAACUGGUUAAAGUUAUUUACCUUAAAUUUAAAUUUAUACUAUAAAUACUAAUUUAAAUUAAGCUGCCGUCGUGAGAGUGCCUAGUUCCCGGCACUAAUAGAAAAAAAAGGACCACUCCAUAUCUCUCCCAUGGAUGUCGUAAAAGGCGACUAAGGGGUAGGCUUAUAUACUUGGGAUUCUUCUUUAAGGCGAUGGGCUAGCAACCUGUCACUAUUUGAAUCUCAAUUCUAUCUUAAAGCAAAAUAGCUGAACGUGGCCUAUUAGUCUUUUUAAGACUUGGCUCUGUCUACUGACUACCCCGCAAUGGAUAUAGACGUGAUAAUAUGUAUGUAUGUAUGCCGUCGUGAUAUCUUUAUGUUGUGAUUAUAUGGUUUAAUUUAGAGGGUCUGAUCAAGAGUACUCAUAACCGAUGAGUUGAAGAGAGUGAUGGAUUUAGAUACAGCGAAAAAGUACCUAUGCAGGGAUCGUGGAAAGUUAUAAGUGUUUGCCUUCCCCUCCGGGAAAGAGGUUUUUGAAGACUCCUAUUUAAUAGCGGUAACUAUUUGCCAUCAGAACUCUUGGCAGACUUGUGUGUGAAAAAAAACAAGCGUAGACGGCAGCAUAGUAUUGAUACCGCGACUCUGUUUAUUUCAUGUUCUGUUUGAUUUUAUUUUGUUGUUUUACGAUAAUAUAGCACUAUUAUAUACAUUU